AUGAAACAAGCUUGGCCAUUGUCGCUUUCCCUGCUGACGCUCUGUCUGCAUUACAGUAUUGCGGCUCAUGCCCGCCGACAUGAGCACGAGCAUCACCGUAGCAGAAAAAUUGAAUACCCAAAGCAGAAAAUUAUUCCGCUCGAGGAAAUGAUCCUUGACUCUCAACCCCAAAUUCCCCCAUACGACCCUAAUAUCUACGCACCCGGCCAACUGGUCAUCACUGAGAAUCCCGCCUUUGCAAAGCCUGGACCCACAUAUAUUCUACCACCAUGGCCAAGCCCUGUUUACCCUACGCCUUAUGGCGUUGAAUUACCGCAUACAACCCCAUAUAUUUUUAGACCAGUCUACACUGCGCCUGUUUUGGAGACGCCAGUAUACACCACUCCAUACGCGGUUGAGUCGGUUUACACCACACCUUAUUCCGAGAAAGCGGUCUAUACUACGCCAUACAUUGCCGAGCCAGAAUACACUACUCCAUAUUUUCAGACUUUUGUCUACACUACACCCUAUCCAACGACACCCGUUUACACUAUGCCAUAUCCAGCGACAUCGGUCUAUGCAACCUCGUAUACAGUCAAAUCAGCCUACGGCACGCCCUAUACAGACAAGUUGACCUGUACCACACCUUAUACUGACAAACCAGCUUACACCUCGCCAUACACCAUUGAUCUAACUUACACUAACGUCGGCCACAGCUCGAAGUGCAUCUGGGACGGCGUCCAGGUCAAUGAUCCAGAAACCUGGGAUCCUGUUCCAAGCUACCAAUACAGUGAGAUGCCCCGCGACAUUCCGCGCCCGGGCGCCAUUGACUCCGAUAUUACAGCGCUUGUUGAUUGCAACGGCGAGCUCAACACAACAGCGGUCAAAUACUGGAUCCAUGAGUGGAACGUUGGCUCAUUCCUUAAGACUCCUGCCAACCACAGCGGCAAAUAUAAUUGGUACUCGCCCAAUGUAUUUGGUCAAAUUACUGAUGCCGUGCAAAAAAUUGCAAUUGAACACAGAUCGCGCAUUCCCGUCAUCUGGGGGCUUGAUUCAGUGCGCAGUGCUAACUACGUCAAGGGCGCUGUCAUAUUCCCGGCAGGUAUUGCCAUGGCAGCAACAUUUAAUCCGAAGCGCGCGUACGACGCCAGCCAAAUUUCAGCCAAGGACACUCGCGCGGCGGGCGUGCACUGGGCGUUUGCUCCUGUCAGGGAUAUACCAGUCAACAAGCUGUGGUCGUGGGUGGCGGCUUGUAUAAAACAUUUUAUUGGCUACGGCUACCUCUUUGAUGGCAGCAACCGGGCUAACCGCCAUAUUGCCGUGCAUGAGCUGCUCGAGUAUUUUGUUCCGCCAUUUAAGGCUGCGGUGAAUGAUGGCGUAGCCACUGCUAUGGAAAGCUACGGCGUCAUUAACGGCGAGCCCGUUGUCAUGUCCCAAUUAUAUUUGCAGAAGCUGCUUUGCGAGCACAUUGGCUUUGAGGGCAUGCUCGUGACCGAUUGGGAAGAAAUUAACGGCCAGGCUACUACCUACCACACGGCCAAGGACGUCAAGCAGGCCACCUGGGCAACCCUGAACGGCACCUCUAUCAAUAUGAGCAUGGGACCUUCAGACAAGGAGGGCAAUGAAGUGUACCAGGGUUUUGGUGAUACCAUUCUCAAAGGCGUUCAAAAGGUCACUGACCAGGAACCGCAGUACUUUGAGGGCGUGGACAUCAAGGGUAGCAAGCUCAUUAACAUUUCUGCUGUCAUCGCCGCCGCCAAGAAGGCCGAUAAGAUUGUCAUUGGGCUGGGCGAGGGCACAUACGCUGAGAUUGAUGGCAAUAUUGACAGCACGAAGUUACCACAGAACCAGCUCGAGCUUGGCUGCAUGAUUGCCGCCACCACACAAAAACCAAUUGUCGUUGUUUUGGUCGAGGGGCGUCCGCGACUUUUGGAGCGGGUAGUGGAUAUUGCACAUGUCAUUGUGCAGGCAUAUUUUCCAGGCACUUGCGGCGGUCUGCCCAUUGCUGAGAUACUCUACGGAAAGGUUAAUCCGUCGGUCCGUCUGCCUUAUACGUACCCGACCACUGAAGCUCAGGCGCCAACCACAAUUUGGCAGCCGUCUUAUACUGACUACAAGCCGCAGUGGGAAUUUGGCUACGGACUUAGCUACUCACAUGUGGAGUGCACCAAUGUCACGGUCUCGUGCUCGACGCUCACGCUUGACAAGCCAAUUACUAUCUCAGUUAGCAUCACCAACCAUGGCCCUUAUCCGCAGAAGGAGCCGGUGUUCUUAUUUACAAACCAGCCCUACCGCUUUGACAUGGCGCCCGAGCACUACCGCAUGCGCCACUUCACCAAGGCCAGUUUGGCUGUUGGGGAGACAAAAAACGUAACAUUUGAGUUGCGCGCCGAGGACUUGGCGUUCUGGAGCACUGGGCUGGAGAAAAAGAUUGUGUCCUCACCGGUCAACUUAUCCAUCAAUCCACACGUCCAGCAGAACAUUAAGACCGAGAUUACUUUGGAUGCCAAUGCUGACACUAGCUUUAUGUUGGCAUGA